AUGGACGCUCGACGUCAACAAAGCGUGAACCCACAAACACCAGUGUUUUUGCCUUUAUCGCGUGAGACAGCCUAUUACGGCUAUCUUCCUCCGCUUCUCAAUGCUACUGUGCAUGAACUGUACCCUCCGGAGGUUCAUCAGGUAAUUCCAUCUCUCUGCCCGUCCAACUACUCUGCCACCGGCUACUACCUCCAGGUACCGGUUUCCAUGGCGAUCGAGCCUCCACCAACAGCACCGCCGGCGGAGGUGGAGGAGGGGAGAGAACUGCAGGCGGUACCAGCACCCGGAAGGGUUACCGGUAGAGUUGUACCGAGAUCGCCUAGAGCUUCCGACGGAGACGGUCUUCCUCAGAGAGAAGGCCCCGGUAGAAAUGAUGAAGAGCUCCCGCCCGGCUGCAGGAAAAUGAUCAAAGUAACUUGGAAACCCAAGGAGCCGGGGCGUGGUGAGGAACCUGAAACUAGUGCUUCCCUUAAUAAACACCAGAUUUUGGCCGUUGGUAGUAGUGAUGCGAAAACGACAGUGAUGAUCAAGAACAUUCCACCACAAAUGGAUCGGAACAUGCUGUUGGAGUUUCUGGACAAGCAUUGCAUGGCGGAGAAUCAAAAGGCCGGGGAUGGCGCGGCUUCGGCCUACGACUUCGUGUAUCUGCCGCUUGAUUUCUGGAGUUGCAAAAACAAAGGCUACGCGUUUGUUAACUUCACAGACCCCACUGGAGUUUGGAAAUUCUACCAAGCUUGUAAUCACAGACGCUGGGAUGGCGUCCGAUCAACCAAGAUACGCGAAAUUGGCUGGGCUAUUAUCCAGGCGUGA